AUGCUUCAAAGCUUCGAUGGUCAAGAACCACCAAGAUGGGUUGAUGGCAUCACUCUAAAUACCUUCAUUGCCUUCCUCGCAUCACUCGCAAAACUGGCCCUGAUGAUCCCCGUCAUUGAAAGUCUCGGCCAACUGAAAUGGAUAUGGUUUGCAUCCAAGCCUCGCGCCCUUGAUGACUUCCAACUGUUUGAUCAGGCCAGCAGAGGUGGACUUGGCUGUAUCAAGUUAUUAAUCAAGCUCAAAGGGCCUUUAGGAUGCUUGGGUGCCCUUAUUACUUUGAGUGGCUUCUUUACCUCAACGCUGACUCAGUUGAUGGUUACAUACUACUCAGAUCUGAGCAGGAGUCCGGUGAGCCAGAAUGCCACUGCCAUGAGAGCAACGACUUUCUCAAGAUGGAAUGGAACGGAUCUCGUGAUUGGAGCAAAUGACACACUGAUGCUACAACAGGCCGUUAUCAGCAACGUGUAUCUCCCAACCACACAGUUAACGCCUGUCAUUGUUCCGAGGUGUGCAGCCGGCAACUGCAAAUGGGAUUCUUUCGGUACCUUGGCGAUCUGUAGUCAGGUAGUCAAUCUCACAGCUCAAGGCAAUGAGACAUUACUGGCCAGCCUUGGCAAACAGACUGUCUCUAUGCUUGAUCUAUUCCAUCGCCAAUCGUUAAUAGCGUUGAAAGCAACAACUAACACAACGGCUCAAGAGGGGACAUCGUCUAUUGUAUGGCCGCUUGCCAUUGCUGAACUAGAAUCUCCUUCUGGCGCCUUGGAUAUCUCGUUAACAAAUGUUGCACUGGCUGACAUGUUCGUUGCCUUUCCGAAAGAUUUCAUCGAUAUCACAUCUGUUACAAACAGCACCAUGCUAGAAGGGUUUGAGUUCUUCGAGUUCCUGUUCCAUUGGUGCAUACCAGCAUUGGACGUCCAGGUGACCGAUGGAAUUUCCAAAACCAAGGUAUUGGCCACUUCUACAAAGAUCGCGUCGCCCAACCCGCCCCAUUCAUUAAACAGAAAAUGGUCACCCGACUUCGCGGACUGCGCAGCACCGAUGGCUUGCAACUACACUCUCCAGGGCGAAACAGUCGUACUGGCACCGUCAGGUACAAUUUCUGCUGGUGAGCGGUCAAUCGAGUACGCAAUAGACGUGAACACUGCUCUAGCGGCUUCGGGCUUCAUUGGCUCUCAUCUAGCAGGAGGUACCUUGACUGAGCCUGGCGAUACGAUCAUUUUCGAGAACGGCAACAUCGCAUAUCCGCUGUCGGUCGCGCUUUUCGGAAGCGUAGAGCCACAAUCACUUCCCCCAGAAGUACAGCUGCAAAACAUGCAAACCAUUACCAGUAAUAUAGCGACGGGAAUCACCAACAUGAUACGAGAAAUCGGCACAACCUUUCCAGACUCAAAGGGGCCUGCGCUCGGUUAUGUUUAUGCACAGGAACAGUUCGUGCGUAUCCACUGGAAGUGGGUCGUGCUCAUCGCAACGCAGCUGGUUCUUGCGUCCGCAUUCCUGACCGCGACAAUCAUAAUGACGAAGCGGGCUCGCAUUCAGAUCUUGAAAAACUCGACGUUGCCGAUGAUGCUAGCUUUGAACGAAGCAGAUAAAUCGGAGUUCAAUGAGAUACACGGUAUACACACACUCAACGACAAGGCAAAGCUGAUGAGGGUGAAGCUUGAGCGUUGUGUUGGUGGCGUAGGUUUGUGGUUAGGACUAGCGAAGGACGACUCGUCGUACAAGGGCAGCCCAGCAUUCUAA